AUGAAGAUCUUCCUAUUUGCAGAACGCGACACUACAGCGACGACCCUCAUUUAUGCGUACUAUUACCUCUGCGCAAACCCAUCAGCACUAGCCGCUCCCCGCACUGGACAUGACGCGGCGCUCGGCACUGACACAAGCACAGCCGGAGGCCAAAUUGCUAACAACCUAGCUUUACUCAACCAGCUUACCUAA